UGUCUGGCUUCACAUCCCGUUUCACACUCCAUUCCAGUAGUUGGCGGUAAUGCCCCUCCGGAAGUUGCUUGCCAACCACAAUAAAACAAUAGAAGAAGAAGACUUGUAAACAACAAUCGAAACCUCCUCCACGCUACAUUUUACAGAAUGGCUUCAAAAGAGCGUGGCGCGACCUGGGAUGACGCCGAGACUGAGGCUGUUAUCACGAUUUGGGCGGAGGACGCUAUCCAGGCGAUGCUGGAGGGCGCUAAACACAAUCACAGAGUUUUCCAAAAAAUUUCGGACGAAAUGAAGGCGAGGGGAUACGUCCGAGACCCGAAACAGUGCCGAGAGAAGAUUAAAAAACUUAGGACACAAUACAAGAAGGUUCUGGACCACAACAACAGAUCAGGGAGCGGAAAAAAAACGUGGAAAUUCUAUAGUGCCAUGGAUGAAGUGUUAAGCGUCCGUGCAUCGUCCAGGACUCCAGUGCUUUUGAAGACCUCUACUCUGAACUCCGCAGCAACGAAGGACGAUGAUGCAACAUCUGACAAUGAGGAGCAGUAUGAGAACCAGUACAGCACACAGGAUGAGAUGGAUGAUGAACAAUCUUUGAAUGGGUCGAUAGCUAGUUUUUUUUCUGAGGAGCCAGGAGGAAGCCGCAUUGCUGAAGUUCCUGCUGCUGAGGCUCCUGAAGUAAAUAUUAGACCUGAGAAGAAGAUCAUAAUAGUAAAAGCCCUGGAUUCAAUAAUAAAGGAAUUCGUAAAAGCUCAAAGACGUUCUGAUGACCCCUGGAUGGCAGCAUUCAAAGAACAGCAGGAGUCAGUCCAACGCCACCAACAACAUCAGCUAAACAUGAUACGAGAAAUAGAAAGAAACCGACUUCAGGCUGAAGAGAGAAUGAGAAAACAAGAACAGGAACAUGAGAUGAGACUGAUGCAGAUGAUGGUCCAACUGAUGUCGCAGCAACCAGCACAAUUACAGCCUCUGAAUCCUGCGUCCCCUUCAUCUUCUUUCCCCAACUUUUCUAAUUAUGGACCAUAUGAGUAAUUGCAAAAUAUGUUACUCAAGGUUUAGAAAUUAUUUACAAUACAUAAAAUGUUUCAUACAAAAAUUGUU